GUAACGUGCACCUUUGUUGUCAUUAGAAACCAAACUUUACUGAAAACAUCCUCACGCGAGGGUUUCGAUUGACUUCAAAUACGAGUGAGGAGUUUCGUCCAGCCGUCAAAAUCAGUACUCAACCCGUUGCGUUUAUCCGCUGUAAAGGCGGAAAGAUGUCUACAGAUGAUGCUAAGGCAUAUUUAUCUAGUCGAGAAGUGCCUCGUCUCUUUGAGGUAUGAUAUUCUGUUUACUAUUUAACACUUACAUUGACUUAGUUACUAGUAACAGCUAUAGCCUAUAGUAAUUGUAAAUUGUGUCUGAGACCCGCUUAGGUUUUCUAUAAUAGGUUUGAUUACUCGUUUAUAAGAAGAGGAAUUAGGUUAAUUGUUGUUUGAAUCAUAUUCGAAACUCUGACCGUCAAGCAAUCAGCUAAUCAUUUGGAUUUAUUAUAUUUUUAAGUACUUUUUUUAAAUUGAAAUUUCAAUCAAUGACAAUUGGAUUGGUCUACAUUGACUACACCAAUGGUUCUCAAAAUGGGCAGUGAGAAUGCUUGGGAAGGGGAUGUGUGCUAAAAAGCUUGGGAGAUUUUAAAGGGCGCUGUGGCACCCAAAUUGUUUCAGAAAUACAGGUUUAAAAAAAAACAUUAAAAUUGUACAUUUAAAAUUAAAAAGAUUUUUUUUUUUUAGAUACUGGUUUGAUUUUUAGAAUCAAACACUUAUCAUAUUUAUAAUAUAUAAUACUCUUUUCCCACAGUCAUACAAAUUGAGAAAGAUAUAAAUCAUAAUCCACUGCUAAUUAACCAGAACUAUAUAUUUUUAAUUCAGCAAAUAUUUGAAGGAAAAUGUUAUCAAUCUUAUUAAAACCAAAUCUUGUCCCCUUAGUUUGGUAUCCAAGCCCAGUUUUGAUUUACACUUAUUUCAAAUCCCAUCUGAGCCAAAAAAGAAAAAUUAGCAGUGAUAUAUAAGAUCAUUACAUCAAGUCUUACUAUUACGCAACAGUUUGGAUACGUUUUGUAAAGAGUGUUGUAGGAAAUUUAAAUUUAAUGUCAUUCUCUAACAUUCAAAUCCAAUCUAUACCCAUGACAAAGUUAGCUAAGUGACGAAGUUAGGUAAGUGACGAAGUUAGCUAAGUGAUGAAGUUAGCUAAGUGACGAAGUUAGCUAAGUGACGAAGUUAGCUAAGUGAUGAAGUUAGCUAAGUGAUGAAGUUAGCUAAGUGAUGAAGUUAGCUAAGUGAUGAAGUUAGCUAAGUGAUGAAGUUAGCUAAGUGAUGAAGUUAGCUAAGUGACGAAGUUAGCUAAGUGACGAAGUUAGCUAAGUGAUGAAGUUAGCUAAGUGACAAAGUUAGCUAAGUGACGAAGUUAGCUAAGUGGAGGAGGGGUCAAUGCACCCAGAGUUUGUGCUAGGGAAGGAAUUGUUCCCAGCAAUGAAAUCAUAUAGAAAUAUGAUUCCUAGUGAAUUAUUUUCCACUAUACGACUUAAAAUCUGUGAUAUAAUUUGACUACCUUAAUACGCUAAUAAUCGAAAUCAAGUUAACAAUUCCAUUUAGAAUUUGCUGUUGGAUGUUACAGUUUAAAACAUAAUUUUGUAUAAUUUAUAUUUUAAAGAGGGUAUAUCAGGAUCUUUGUAAAGACUUAUGAUAGGGUAAAUCUGGGGAUUUUUUGGGGGGGGGGGGGGGGGGGGGGGUUUAUGAGGUUUAUGAGGAUGAGUUUAUGGUUCAAAGGGAGCUGUGGACAAAAAUAUUUUGAGAACCACUGGUAUACAUGAUUUAAGUAAAAAUUUAUUUUAUACAUGUAUACACCUAAUUAAAAAUAGCAUCCCAAAAAAUGUUAAGUCUAAGACCCAAGAGGAUGUUAAAACAACCAAAACCCCUCCUCCUAUGCCACUGGCUGUUGUUAACAAACUGGUAAUAACAAACCAAAAAAUGGGGGCCGCAAGGCAUGUACUUUCAAACUACUAAAGUUACUUGAAAAAAACAUACAUUCAAGUAAUGCACUUUAUCAUGAGAAUUCCAAUUAAUGCUUAUUUAUUUGAAUUUUAUUUUAUGCGCCUAUUGAACGCAGCGUCUUAAAUUUGAAAAAAAAAAGAUGCAGUAGAGUUAUUUCAUUGGCCAUUCCUAAAUGUGAAAGCCGCAAUUCAGUUAAUAAAGAAAUUAUCCAAACUGAUAUUAGUGAGGUUCUGAGAACUAUUCUGUCAGUUCAUAAUCAUCACACAAUAUAAUCAACAGCAAUUCUCUGGGUAACAGUUUUGUACAAUGAUGUAUAGAUAAAAUGGCAUAGAUUACCAUUUGUGCAGCAUAAUUAAGUCUACAGAGCUUGCAUUACAACUGUAUGAGUUGAAUUUCUAGACUAAGUUUCUUCAGUUUUCAUGAGUAUAUAUUUUUUAUAAAGAUUACAACCAGGAUAAAGAAUUAUCCUGAUUACAACCAGGAUAAAGAAUUAUCCUCUUUCAGGAAAGCUAGAGCAAAAUACUAAAAGGGAGUGAAUAUUUUAAAGGGACUGAAUAUCUUGAAGGGAGAUAAUAUUUUGUGUUAAUGAGCAGUCCUUCAAUGAAAAAAGACAAUUAACAUAACAUAAUUUUGCAAUUGAUGGUGCAUCAUUAAAUAUCAGGUUGACAGUCUGCAAAUAUUUGUUGUUUAUUUUAAAAACAGAAACACAUUGAUCAGCUAUUCUGAAAACUCUGAGUAAGUGACUAGUGUAGAGAACUUUGAAGAUAUUGAAUCUUUGGUGCUUUGUACUGAAGUUUGUUAGCUGUAUAUUGGAAAGCAUAAUAUAAAUCACUGAGCAGGCAAAAAUUACAGUUUUCUGGAUUACUUUAAGGCAUAAGUGUUUCUUUGAGUGCUUACCUAAAAGACAUCACUCAACACAUUGCUUAUACUUAUAUAUCAGAAAUAUAUGCUAAAUUCAAGAAAAUUAAUUUGCAAUAAUAAGAUUUUUGUAAUGUUAUUUAGUGUUGCAUGAAUUCAAACCAGACAUUGAAAAACUGGGCUCACUUAAGCAAGUCCAUCCAUUAACUUAAGAAUAAAUGAGCAGUGAAAAGUUUAGCUGUAGAAAAAUGUUGCUCAAAAUACCCCACUUAAAAAAAAAAAGAAGCUACGGUAUCACUUAGUAAAGUUAAUCAGUUUGUUACUUAAUCAAUGACCCUAACAAAAGCUUAAUUUGGAUUUUGAAUAAAGAAUCAAAUGCAUUUUAGUCUUUAACUCAUCCUAUUCCUCAGUUAGAGAGUUGUCCACGCUCCUUUUCUGAGAAUGCUUAUAACAGGGGAAGGGCACCAAGCAUGACUUUAUGAAACCAAUGGGGUCUUCUUUGGUUUUUCAGCUCCCAGUGGAGCAUAUGCCAUGAACAAUUUCUUUCCAGGCUUUUCUGUCUCUUGUUAGCUUGUUAUGCAGGCAACUUUUCAUGUAGGUUUGCAGUCUUUUCAAAUAUUUCUUAGUUGAUCUCCAGCUUUCCAAAAUAUACAGCAGAACAGACUUAACAUUUGAGUUAAUAUCCUUUUUGUUUUUUUGUCCUCAUUUGCCUAGAGUUCCAAAUAUGUGUAAGUAAAGCUCCUCUUACCGUCUGUAACCUUACCUUGUUAUCUGGCCCAGAUUCCCCAUCCUUAUCAACUAUAUUUCCUAGAUAGGUAAAAUGAUCUACUUCUCUUAGUGCUUUUCCGACUUAUCACUAUAAAUCAUAUGGUAUUUGCAUUUAUUGUCAUUACUUUUGUUAUGAUUUCAUUUUUUGCAAGACAUUUCUGCCUCUGGGUUGGUGAUCAGAAAACUAGUGUGAGAGGCUCUGAGUUUUAUUAUGAAUGAAUGAUAGUGUGGAAACAUCAAGUAGCCUAUCAAUGCCAGGUGCACAGGCCAGCUAGCAAAAUCAAUAUUUAUUGAUCUAGAGCCUGGGACAAGAACGAUGACAUGACAAACUGGAGAGAAAAUGAUUGCCACAACUUGACAAUGUGUCCCAUGUGAAAAAAGAAAAUAUCUCUGUACAAAUAAACACUUAUUAAUUUUCAUGUACAUUAAAAAAUGUAUCAAAAUUUAUAUAUUAUUCUUGUAUCCAAAAAAAUGACUUACCGGUAAUUAAAUUUGUCUUUUUUAAAUAAAAAUUCCAUUAAUCUAAAUGUACAUAGAAAAAUAAAGAUGGAGGAAAAAAAAAAGCAUGCUUCAUGCUGUUGCCAUGGAAACAUAAUGUUGGCCUCACUCUCAUUAAAGUAAUCAUUAUUAAUAGUUGUUGAUGGAGUUUUGAAAGUAAUUGUUCAAAGAUGUAUAAAUAUAUUUGAGCAUAGAUUACUCCAAUCCUUAAUAUUCUUCCUUACAGGAGCACUGUCUUUUUAGUGAAUGGGAUGAAAAUGUGUUUAGUGUCUGAUAUACACUGAUUAACCUUUGGUAUUUCUUUCUCCUCAAACAAUAAUAGAAAACCAAAUGAAACACAACAUUUUAUCUAGAUAUUAAAUAAAUUAAAUUAAGAGAAGUAUUAUUUCUGAUUUUGUGUAAUUAUGAUUUGCUUAAAAUGUUCUUAGAGAAAAAAGAUAAGGGGGGAAAAAGAUACUAAAAUUCAUUUUCUCCAUAAAUAGUUCUUUUUCUGUUGACGUGUUGAACUUAUUUGAAAUUGAUUUCAUUCUCAGUGCCUCAUGACAGGACUUAUGUUCCAUCGUCCUAAUGACCACAUACAGUAUCUGAUAGACAGCUUGGAAAAGGUCAAGGCCUUAGGUCAGGCAGAGUUAUCAUGGAACAUGUUUGUAGAAGUUCGUUCCGCCAAAACACCCCUGCCUCCUAUCACUCCAGAAAAUGGCAAACGGCCUCAGUCCAGGGGACGUCACUCUCAAAAAGGUAGGUGGCUACAUCCGCAAUAUAACAACCACACAUGCCUUCAAAACAGCACUCAAAACACAUCUAUUUAAACUAUACUACUCUGACUGAUUCUCCUCCUAUAAACCGAUAAACGUACAUGGGUUUCCUUGUAAAAAUGUCUGGCGUGGAUGGAUGAAUAUACCUAUGGUGUUGUUUUGCUUAUAUGUUGUUUUUAUUUCAUUUAUGUAUUUCAUUUUAAUAUUAUGAUUAUGCCUCUUUGCUAUAUAUGUACAGCGCGGUGAGCCCAGCCCUAUGCCGGGGUACCGCGCUAUAUAAGACCACUUAUUAUUAUUAUUAUUAUUAUUACUCUUUGUUGUGUGAUUUUUAUCAGCAAUAGGAAACUAUUUUUCAAACGUUCAAACACAAAAUUUCCAUACAUUUGGCCAUAAAAUUUGUUGGCAGCCUGAUAUAUGGAUAGUGAAUUUUCAAACAGCUGUAAAUGAGUUUUCUCAUUUUACCUUUUCAGCAAAAGGGUUUCUUUAUUUAUUAAUUAACCUUUUUUUAAUUCUUUUUAUUACCAAAAUUUAGUUUUUAAAAAAUUGUCAUUAACUCUGUAGGUUAAUUUAAUUUAUAUAAUGUAUUUAUUGGCAUAUAACACGCACUUUUUCUCCCUGAAAAUAGGGGGCAAAUGAUGUGUGCGUGUUAUAUGCCGAUAUAAUGUUAAGGACCCAUAGUACAUACCGCAUAGCGGCGCGAAUGUUGUGUGUUAUAUGCCUGUGCGUGUUAUAAGCCAAUAAAUACGGUAUAUAUUUAUCCAAAGAUAAAAAAGAAGUAGCCCCAGUGUCAGUUUCAAAGUCAUCUCCCUUACCACCUAUUGGAUCCAGUGGUUUGCCAAAUGUGCCCAUUGUCCUCAUCAUGGGUAAGCUUAAGUAAAAAAACUACAUUAGACAUGAUUACACUAAGUAAUGUCCAUCUAAGAAUACUGGUAUUUUAGGCAUUAAGUAAUUUAUUCUAUGUGUAAAUAACGUGUCCAUCGACCUUCUGAUUUAAAAAUUAUUUUAAAGAACUAUUAGUUUUUACGUCUUAUAAAAAAUCCACUUUAUAAUCAUAAAACAAUGGGGUUAACUGUUGAUGAAAAAUUAGAAGAAAAUAAAGACCAAGUUAAAGUGUUAUUAUAUAUAUAUAUUGGGUUUAUGUGGCUCUAGAAAUGGUAACAAUUCUUGCCAUGGUGGAUAAUGUGGUGUGGGUAAAAAGUUUAUCAGCAUAUGUUUCUUGAUUAGGUUAACCUGGUAUUGCAACAAUUUUAUGAGCAUAUAUUUCUUGUUUAGGUGGGCCUGGUAGUGGUAAAUCAGCACAAGCAGACCAACUGGUGGAGAAAUAUCCAGGCUGGGUAAAUGUUAACCUUGGCCAACUACUAAUUAGUGAAAUCAAAAACAAAGCAGCAGAUGAACAAUGGAAAGAUAUUGAAGAUUUGGUUGUUAAUGGAGAGCUUGCCACAGAGGUAAGGAUGUAUGUAAAAAUGAGAGAGCUUUAUUUGACCAUGUCAAAUCAUGACCAAAAUCUAAAUGUGACAAUUUUAUCUUUUAUUUAAAUGUGACAAUUUUAUCUUUUAUUUAAAUAUGACAAACUUUAUCUUUUAUAUUAUAUAAAUGUGAAAAUUUUAUAUUUUAUUUAAAUGUGACAAUUUUAUAUUUUAUUUAAAUGUGAUCAUUUUUAUCUUUUAUUUAAAUGUGACAAUUUCAUAUUUUAUUAUUAACUGUAGAAAUUAAAAUCUUUUAUAAUAAGUGUACAAUAGUGAUGGAAAUGUCUCACUUGAGCCUAGAGCCAACAACAUUUAAAAAUGAAUGCUUUUUUAUGCUUAACUUAAUGAUUUUAAUAAAUUACCAUUACAUUGACAAUGAAUUUCAAUAAAUGUCCAAGGAACCGAUCCAAUUAUAUACUUAUUUUAUAUUAAUCUUUUUCUUUAGGAAGUCACACUGGCAAUACUGCAUGAUACUCUAAAGAAAAACAUACAUGCCAAUGGUUUUAUUAUCCAGGGUUUUCCCAGAGACAUGGAACAGGCUCAAGAGUUUGAGAAGAAGGUUUUUGACAUAGAAUAAAUUUUAUCUUUUACUAGUAUACUCAAUAAAAUCAUUUUUUUUACCUCAAUAAGCUGGUUUUGUUUUAUCCAGAUGAUUGGUCUAAAUUUAAUUGUUCAUUAUAUAAAGAGCACAAUUAUCAUUCUGCAAAGACAAAACCAGAAAAAUAUAAAAGUUAUAAACAUUUAUUUGAAACAAAUUGUAGAAGAUUCACCCCCUUUAUGUUUUCAUUCAGAUAAGUCGUAUUGAUGCUGUGAUACUUCUGGACUGUGAAGAAGACAAGCUGAGCAGAAACAUCCAUGCACAAGGGCACAAAAAUGAUGGAUUAAAACUAUCUUCCAGUGCAUUGGCUAAAAGAUUGGAGAUUUUCAAAGAAAAAACUCUCCCAGUUCUCAAAUCAUAUGAUGAUGCUGGAAAAUUGUACAUUGUAAGUAUUGUUAGAGUAGCUCAUGUUGACAGGAGAGGAAUAAAGCUCUUACUAUAUUUUUUGUAGUAGCAUUUAUUGAACGGAAUUCAAACUACUUGACUUUGAGGGGUACAAACCAGCAAGAAACAUUAUUCAAGUUUGUAUUGAAUAUGUCUCACACAUUUCCACCAAUUUUAGGAGAUAGCAAUGACUUAAACUGCAUCAAAUGUAAAAAUAAACUAUUUUUUGAUAUUGAUUUCUUGGCAAUAACUUUAAAAAAUACUUAACAUACUCAUACUUUUUCUGGUACAUCAGUAAUUAUACCUAAUAUAGAAUUUUUACAUUUUUAAACUUUGCCAGUAAAGUCCCAAACAUAACUAUACUAUAUUAUACUAUAUGCUACUUACUGACUAGAGGCUCUGUAACACUAUUGACCUUUCAAGACAUAUACUAAGCUUUUUCUUCUUCUUCUGUCUGCUUCUCUGUGGAGGUGUUGCAGGGAGGUACAGAUUUUUAUAACUAUAAUUAAAGUAAAGAGUGUGGAAAGAUAUAAAAUUGCCUGUUUUUGUCUUGAAAUUAAAAGCUACUUUUUUGACAGAGGCCUAUACAUUUUAAAUUUUUUUAUUUCAAAUGAUCUCUUAACAAUCACAAUAAAGUUUUUUUAAAUUCUUCUGUGGGUAGCAUAAGUAUGCAAUUUUGUACAGUUUUAAAUGAAAGUUCUCAUGGAUAAAAUUUAUUUUAAAAGGAAUUUUUGUUGCAUGUUUUGUCAAAAAUGUGCAUUCGCUAUUGUAAGCUUUGAUACUUUGUUACAUAAAAAAAAAUUAUUUCUCCCAAUUUUUUUGAAUGUUAAAUAUUUCAAUUGUUCACAAGUCAGCAGCAAUCUCUUUGAUAUCUUAUUAAUUAAAAUAUUUAUUUAUCAAACUUUAACUUAAUAGAAUAUGAAUCCCCAUUUUAUAAAUAUAUGUGAAAAAUAGUUGCUUGCUUUCACUAAUUCAGAGGAAAACAUUAAAACGUGUAUUAUUUUGUUAAUUAUUUCUGGAAUAGGGUUUAUUUUAUAUUAUCAUAUGUAUAUUUUUUAUGAGUAGGAUAUGAGCUGUAAAAUAAUUCAACUAUAAUUAUUUAUAUAAUGAAUUAGUAGUAACCAAUAUAAAGUGAAUGCAUUGUUAUCAAAUUUAAAAAAGAAUUGUGAUAAAAUAUCAUUUAUUCAUUUAUCUCUUCCAGGUUGAUGGGGACAAAGAUGAUGAGUCUAUCCAGGAAGAACUUUCUUUUAUUUUUGAUUCAUUGAUACAGAACUUGGAAAAUGGCAGAAUACCUUGUGAGUAGCUUCUAAGUGGAAUGGAGUUUUCAGAGAGGAGAGAAUUGAAGGGUGAAACUUGUUGUAUAUUGUGAUCCUAUUAAAAUUAAACAAUGUUAAUUUCAUGCAAGACCGUGUGAAUUGGAGGGUAGGUAAGCCUACUUUGUAAGUCUCUUUUAUUCUUACUUAUCUAUUGUCUUUUAUCUAUUGUCUUUUUAUUGCUGUUGAAGGCUGUCAGCUGAAGCAUCUGUUGUUUUGUUUCUUCUUUCUUCAGCUGUUCCAAAACCCUGUGUAUACUAGUUCUUAUUAGAUAUUAUUAUAGAACUUCUAAACCAUGAAAUAAAAUUAAAAGAAGAAACUGAGCUGAUAGAAAGCUGAAAUCUGAGGUCUAUUGUACAAAGAAAACACCAAGAAAUCACUUAAUUUGUUAAAACAGUGAAAUUAUAACAUGGCAAACAUCAAUGUGAUCAAAGCAGAACACUGAGUUGAAUUAUGAUUAUUAUCCUUUCAUUCAUCAAAGCUGUUUAAAAAGUUUUUUAAAAAAUGCUUGUUUUCACAAGAAAUUUGGAGUUAAAAUAUUUAUUUUCAAUAUAAGUUAUGUAUGUUUUGCUCUCUCUUGUGGCUUACAUGCUAGAAAUAAAUCUUUUGAUAUAUUUCAGCUCCACCUAAAGGACCACGGCCUGCAUCCAGUAGAUGGGCAAGAAAAAUUUCUUCUCCACCAGCAUCAUCACCAUCACCUUCACCUUCAUUAUCUUCAGCACCUCCUGGUUCACCUGAGCCUCCUAAGCAGAAUAAGGAUGACAUUAAAUUUCCCACUGUUGUUUACAUUCCUCCUCCAGAAAUCAAGGUCAAAGAUGAAGGUCGUAAGCCUGGCCUACCAGAAGCCCCCAUCAUAUUUCUGGCAGGUGAGCAUCAACAGGAUUGGCUGCCCAACUUGGGGAACGUACAUCGUUAAGAACCUUUAAUUUACAUAAUGAGGAAUCCAUCAUAUUUCAGAGUAAUAUCUGAUGGUUCAUACCAGACUUAAACACAUAUUUAUGAAAUUCAAAAUGUUUCAUGCCUUUUUGAAAGUUUCACCUUAAAAGCUCAUUUUAGUAAUAUGAAAUGUAAUAUUUAUUAACUUAAAUUUAAUGUUUUUUGGGUUUACUUAAAUUAUUGUACAAUAAUAAAAUAUUCCAAAAAUUGUAUUAAAAUUUCAGGUGGUCCUGGCUGCGGCAAGGGAACUCAGUGUGAAAAACUUACUGCCAGAUAUCCAGACAUUAUCCACUUAUCCAUGGGAGAUAUCCUACGCAAAGAGAUUUCUGAAAGAGGCUCUGCAGAUGAAAAGUGGGCAAUGGUCACAAAGUUGUUGCGGCAGGGAGAAAUGGCGCCAGUGGUAAAAGUUUUUAUUGUUGUUAAUAUUAAGAUUAGGUCUUAAAAAAUAUUGCGUUGCCUAAAAUAUUUAAUUUUAUACAUCCAAGAUAAAAGCCAGCUGUCCAUCCCUACAAUUUUUCCAGCCCGUAAUUGGCCUGAAUUUAAUGAAAGUUAUUACAUGAGCUGACAUUAACAUUUUCAUGCUGAAGAGUUUUGUACAUGCCAUAGCCUUAUCUUCAUGUACUUGCUAUCAUGGUUAAAUUCAGUAUCGAUCUCCAGAGUAUCUAACUCUUACAAUUUUUUUGUGAUUUUUAUAAACUUUUUGUUUGAAUUAACUUCAGGAUGUGACAGAGGAGCUUCUUAUAAAUUCUAUGAAAAAACACCCAGAUGCUAGAGCUUAUCUGGUUGAAGGCUAUCCUCGGGAUGCAUUGCAGUAUGAAGACUUCAAUAGAAAUGUAAGGAGUCAGAAUUCCGAUUCCUAAAAAUGUUUUUAACUCCAAAAAUUAGGUCUCUUGCUAUUAUGCAUGAUUCCCUUACUAUCUUAGAAUUAACUUGUAUUAAAAAUAGGAAAUGAGUCAUUUCCUGUUUACUUUCAUUUGCUGUAGUCAAUGAGAUUAACAACACCUGCCAUUCAGUAUAUCAAAGUUGAUGCAGUAGGAAUAUCUUCAUUACUUUUGUUACUUCAUACUUCAUGCUAAGGAUAUUGGCUCAGCAGUAAAUAAGCUAUCACACUUCUUUAACCCUUAUGCAAAAUUAGAUUUGAAUGAUUUUUUAAAAAAAUAUUCAGUCAUGACUUUAUUAUAAAAUAUAAAUAUAUCUAAUUUUUUAAGGUCAAACAGUUUAAAAACCAUAAAAAAUAUUUGUAUGUUUCCUUACUCCAAAAGAGAUUGUGUCAAUAUCCGACUGUCUGAAUGUUUCACAGAUUGGUGGCCACUCAUUCACAAUUUUAUUAGACUGUGAGGACAGCUAUUUACAUGACCGACUUGUCCUGCGUGGUGCCAAUGGCACUGAAAGAAUUGAUGACAACAUUCCAGCCAUCGAGAAAAAAUUGGCCUUUUUUGCCAGAAACACUCUGCCUCUGUUAAAAGCCAUAGAUGAUGAACAGAAGUUGAUAGUUGUAAGUGUUAGGAGUUAAAAAAAUCUUAUCUCUGUAUUUCUUUUAAUUCAUUUUAAUAAUUUGCUAUGCAUAAUUUUUAUUUAUUUUUUAAAAUUAUAAACAGCCAUGUAAACUUUUCAACUAAGAACUGUGUAAUGAAGAAAGAUAAUUUGAAAGAUUCAGUUUUAGACUAUCUAUUUCUUUAACAAAUCUUUUUUUUUAAAAAUAAUUCUGAUAUCUAGUAGGAUUACAAAACAACUAUAUUAUUUAUUUUGGAUGCACCUGAAAAACAGCAAUAUUUUGAUUUAGAUUAUGAAUGAGUUAGAAAAAAUUAUACAUAUAUUUUCCCUAUGUAAAUUUGUAAAAUCAAAAGAGAUAUAAAAUACGAUACGAAAGUAAAAUUUUGAAGCAGUACCAUAAAAAUAUCUAAAAAUUGUCAAAAUUAAUGGUGGCUUGCCCAUUUCUCCUUCUUGUCCUUAUCCCAUUUUAUACUCAUGUCCCAAUUCUGCCCAUGGGUCUGGAUUUUCUGAUGUAUGCAUUUUUGAUGCAACAAGUUCAAAAUAAAAUAAUGAAUAUGAUCAUUUUUAUGUGUGUUUUGCUCUUCACAUCCACAUGACCUGAUAGUCAUUCAAUGUUUUACUUUUUCAUCAUAAGACUAUGAACUUUUCGCUGUGAUAAUAAAUUAAAAAUACUUUGACAGAUUGAUGGAGACAGAGAUGAGGAUGAGAUUUUCUAUGAUAUUGUCAAAUGUCUUGACUUCAGCUUGUAUGGCGUUAAAUUGGAUGAGGUAAGAGUUUCAGAUUUUUUUGUUGCCAACUCUCCUGACUUCUUGUUGCACAGUGUUAUCUAUAGUAAAGUGAAAGGAAAGCUCUAAAAAGGUAAUGAAAGAGUUUAUUUCAUCCAGCGAUAUCUCCAUUUCACUUUUUCU